AUGGGUGCUCGAACCAGCAAAGCAGAAGCAAGCACGCCGCUGAUGAUUCAGGGUCGUCUCGUCCACCGCAAGACACCGCUGUCUAUCGGUUCGGAUGAUAGCUACGGCGACAUGCUGGUGCAGAUCCCAAAGAAGACCACCAUCCCAACCAACAAGUUCGAGACAAGCUAUACCACCUCGUACGACAAUCAGGAAACCAUGACGAUACGGUUUUACCAAGGUGAAAGGAAGAAGGCAAGUGCCAACCAACUUCUUGGUGCCCUAAAGUUCAAGGGCAUCCCUCCCGCUCCCAGGGGCGUUGCAAAGGUCAAGGUUUGCGGUUACAUCGACGCCAAGGGCAAUCUGAACGUGUCUGCCGAGGACAAGUCGACGGGCAGGAAGGAGACUGUGAGCAUACCGGGCGUCGGGGUCGAAGGAAAGCUUCUGUCGGCGGUGGAGGUGGAGAAGAUGGCUGGACAAGGAGAGAAGCACAAGUCGGAGGACGAGGAGCACUCGAAGAAGGUGAGUGUCAUGAAAGCGAUGAAUGAUUACAUGAUCGUGGUAAGAGAGAACGCGGCGGCCGGAGCCUACUCUAGAAAAGUGGGCGUAGCAUUUAGGGAUGUGGCCGGAACGACGUUGGAUGAGUUCACGGAGAAGUCAAAGGAGUUUGGACUGCUGGAAGGUAACAAGAAGACGAAGCAUGUGUAA